AUGGACGAGAGAAACCAGCGACCAAGAGUGUCCGACGCAGAGGUGAACAAACCUCUGCUGAAAUCCAUGGUCAAGGUCACAGAAAUCAAGGAGGAUGAAACAGGCUUGCACAGGAGGCAGCGUAAGAGAUGUGAAGCCAAAUGCAGGGGAGACAAGCCUGCGCAGGAUGGUAAGGCUUACCAUUAUAGUGCAAGCAAGGAGAGGAAAGUACCUUCAAGAGCCGAGUCAACACGCAGCAGUCAGAGGAUGUGUAGUUCAGGUCCUCGGGCCCCUCCAGGAUUCCAGAGUUCAGGUGGUCGUAUCUUCACUAGAAACUGCUAUGGGAUGUCCUUUUCUCCAUUGAAACAGAUGUCCAUGUUUUGUAGAGACAAGCACUACUGGACUCACGGCUACACCCUAGCCACAGACCUGAUAGAUGACAGUGUGCCCCUGUUUCUGAGGGACCUGGCCAGGGACAUCUUUGUGUGUGGCAAGUCCAUCAACCUGCUCAAGGCCUUCAACAGACAGCAUUUCUUCUGUGAUCUUGAAGACCAGUAUAUUCCUCACAUGCUGCUCACAUUCUCUGAAAUGGAGCUGCGCGUUACGAGAGAGUGUGUGGAAUAUGCCAGUUGUAUGACCCAGAAUGCUGCCCAGGCAUCUCUUUCAAGCGCUCCAGUGCUGUUUCAGGGCUCAGCAGAGAGUCUAAUCCUGUAUCUAAUGAAGGACCACAGCCAGCCACACAAUUAAGCCGGUGAUAGACUUUGUGAAUGCGAGUGAGAACAACAUCUACGUGGUGAAUGUGACUCACAUGAUCUCCCAGCUGGCUGAUAACCUCAUCACUUCUUGUGGCGGCCUCCUGCCUCUAUUGGCAGCAGCCACGUCCUCCAGUGUAAGCAAUAGAAUUGAGCAUUGAUGCAUGUGGCUUAAGUGUCAUCCAAGAUUAACCUGUGUGGACAGAGAAGUGUCCUCAAAGAUUAGCCUCUGCCUUAACUGGAUUGUUAUAAAGAAGAGGGAAAAAGUCGUCCCUUAGCCUGUGUAAACUUCUUAGGCUAAUCUGGAACAACACUUUCAUAUAUUACGGAUUUAAUAUCAAAACAGUAACGGCUUUGAGCCGAAAUAACAUGUCGCCCGCAAAAGGAAUAGGGUACAGAUGCAAGCCAACAGACCCUCCACGCAUGACAUCACCUUAUUAGAAUAUUCUGGCGAAAUCUGCCGAUAAUUUACGAUUCCUUUGUCUAUGAAAUAGUAGUCACAUGACAAACCAGGUUGUAUUACCAGUUGUGACGUCACAACCUCGUUCUCAACUUGUACAAUACUUAGGGAAUUAGUGAAUGUAGGUUAUUUAGGUCGUAUAGAUAUGUUUACUCGGGGAUUGUGUAUAUGUUGUGGAUAUGGAAGUUAUAUAUUACAAAAUGGUUUACCGCACGGAAUUACUCGAAGUUAAUCGGGAAUCUGACUCUGUUUUCAAAAAAGCAUUUUGAUUGGUUUUCUUAAAUCGGUCAACCAAUGGAAAUCGACGUAACAAAACGAAAUCUUAUCUCUUGAAAAAAAUACGGCGGACAAGUCAAAAUAAAUUUACUUGCGAAACCAAAAACAACACGAUCAAAUCAUGUAUUUGCCUCCGGGGUACAACACAAAAGAACUUGAAAGUGGUGUGAAAAACAAUGCUCAAUGGGAAUGGCUCCAUGAAAGAGACUCUCAUGGGAGAUUGGUUUAAAAAAACACACUCCGGGUAGCGCCUAUUCAUAUUGUGAUAUCUGUUUCAAAACUAUCAAGUUUUUCCUUAUAUGGCUAUAUGUAAAAUCUUGUUAACACUCUAUAUGAAAUUUGGUAAGAACAUUUGUUUCCUGUGUAGUAAAGUUUGUUUUUAUUAUGUCAUUAUUAUGUAACAUUAACUGUAUUAUGUAAUUUUUCAUAACACAGACUUUUCAUAAUUAACAUAACUGUUUCAGCCAUUAGCACUUAUGAUAAGCCUAUCAACUAAGAGAUAUCUAAAAGAAAGACAACAUAUACAUGCUUUUGCAGUAUUUAUCUCCCUUGUUUAACCUGGUUCAGUAAUCUAUUUAGUUCAUUUCUGGAAUUUGGGAAGAUAUUGAUCAUUGAUACUGAGGGAAAAUAUACUACUCUGCCAGUGGUCUCUUCUGAACUGUAUAAAAUAAGCUGUUUGGCUGAUUUAAUCACCUUGAUGCUUUCUUGAAAAGGUAACAGCUCUUGAAAAGGGUUGGAAUUUUGAAAUAAUUAAACUCUAAAUUAUUUUAACACCAGCAUCAAGACAUUCUGGCAUUAUUUUCUAAAUUAUUCUUAUUUAGAUUAUUUUUAUUUGGUAUUUUCUAAAUUAGAAAGACUCUAUUUUAUUUCAAUAACUUUAGUAAAUUCUUCUUAUUUUUACAUUUGAUUUUCUGAAGUUUCCUAAUCUCCAUAAAUAUUGUUCUUUAGAUUAAGUUAGACCUAUUUUGUAAACUAGUUUUUUGAAGCACUUUCUAGACUUACAGUAACUAAAAUUUAUAUCAGUUUUUUUCAUGUAGAUUGUGAACUUCUUUUUACAUUCAUUAACGUAUUUGCUGCAUGUUGUUAAUUUUUGUAACGAUACUUAGAUUCCUUAGACUUGGCAUGUAUCUUUUCUUAAUUCUCUGUCAUUGUUCUUCAUUUUUGAAGUUCUUGGAAUAAAAGUAAGUUAUUUUUGUUAAAGCUGCUUUGGUUUUCACUUAUAAAUAGAUUCUUUGAGUGUAUUCAGGCGUCUCUGGCUGGGCGCCUUUCUUUAAUUGAAUUACAACCAGUCAGUGGUAUCAUCCUGACCGGAAAUAAGCGUUCGUGAAAUAAAUAUUUCCGAAUUACAUAAGUGCUCACAAAGUUACAUAAAUUGAACCGUCCUGUGACCAGUUCAUUUGCGUAAAGGAAGGAGACCGCACUACCACACUUGGAUACGACAGUUGAGUUCGAUAAUGGUUUGCAACGGUAAAAAAACAUGGCCGCCAUGGGUAGGUCUUUUUCCUUAUAUUUAUAUGGUAAAAAAGCUUGUGAACACUAGAAGUCACAUUUUUUGCCUAAUCAUUAUGAAAUUUUGUCAAAACAUUAGUUAUGUGGAUGUCUUGGACGAGUUUGAAAAUGGUCGUGAUCAUUGAAAAAACAUGGCCACCAGGGAGUGGGGCAGUUUUUCUUUAUAUGUAUAUAGUGGAAACGUAAACAGUCUAGAAGACACAUUUUUUGCCCAAUCUUCAUGAAAUUUGGACAUAUAUUGGAAGAGUUAAAAAAUGGUUCAGGUCUGUUAAAAAAACAUGGCCGCCAAGGGGCCAUUUGUUGUUCAUACUUCAUGAAACUUGGUUAGAACAUUUGUUCCAUUGAUAUUUUGGGCUGCAAAGAACAGGUCAUUUCUUUUUAUCUCAGGUGAGCGACUUUGGGCCUUUCAGGCCCCCUUGUUUUGUGUUUUUUUUUUGACAUUCUGUUCAAUCUCCAGCCGUAUCAGAAAGAAAGUGAUACGCAUUUAUUUGCGAUUAAUAUUGCUGUUAUAUCUUGACUUCACUCUCUUUGAAUUUUCUAAGCGAGAGCAGUGAUUUUAAGAAUCAUGCUUGGAGUUUGUUACAUCACCAGCAAAAAAAGCUGUUCGAAUCUGUUUUAUUUUAAAGUUUAAAAAUCUAUCGAAGUAAAGAAAACAGAGUAUUAAUCGCAAAUAAACGCGUACAGUUAAUUCCGCUAAUCUUGCCCGUCCGGUAAUCUUGCGCACUCGGGCGGUUGCGAUGACGAAUGGUUUGCUUUUGUGAUGAAAGUUGGCAUUUCACAUUUUUAAGAAUUAACAGAUUUAAAAGGUACAUAUUCCAUGCAAAAUAAAAUGUGAUCAUUACAUUUUAACACUGGUUGCGUCACCCCUAUACAUUGUACAUGUUUUGUUAACACUGACCUACUUACGAUAAAUUCGAAAUGAAUUACAAAUUCCCUGCAGUCUUUAGCGUUUUCAUAAUUUAUGUUAAGAAUUAAUAAAUUUGACGUGUAAAUUAGCAUUCCAUUGCACAAUAUCCAAUCAGUUAUGGUAUUUUUGGCCAUUGAAAAUCGCAUCAGACAACAUUGUCUUCAUUUCCUGCCAUUCUGUCAAACCACAUUUGAUAUGAUCUCCGCAUGCGCAAUCGCCCAGUUUUGAUAUUUUCUGUAUUAAAACUAUCGUAGCAUGAUUAGGGGUAAAAUUAAACCUGUAAUGCAAAAACAUUUUUUUCACGCUAGAAAUCAAUCAUUUAAAUUUGUUAUUGUUUUGCUACAGUCAACAGAAUGCCACCACCAUCAUCAACAAAACUGCACUAGAAAUCCACAUUAAAUUAAAAUGGUUUUACAAACUGAUUAUUAAAAUAAGUUUCUGGAUUGAUUUUUGUCCCCAAUUGGACACCAUAUGUCUAAAAUUUUGCCUAAAUGAUGUCAUUACACCAAGUGUGCAAGAUUACACUGUGAUAGUUUGAAAAUGAGGUGAGUUAUGUUUGUUUUGAAAUACAAUCGGACAGUUCUUCACUGAUUUAAUCAGAAAUUUAUGUUUUAAUAAGCACAUGAACUAUUAUUUUCAUAAUAAAUUUAGAUAUUAUGUUGUCAAUUAAUAUAAGAACAUGUUUUUAAACCAAUGACCCUUAACUGAGCAAGAUUUCUGGACAGGCGGGACAGCAUCAUAUCACUUUAUUUGUGAUACGGCUGGAGAUUGAACAGAAUUUAAAAAAUACUAGUAAACAAAAGUAACAAAGGGUAAACAACAGCGAAAAAUACCUGUUUUGGACCAGACGUCGCCAUCUUGAUCAUCACUUUGAAUGUACUAUUGUUUUAUUUUGCCGUUUACUAUUACUUGUAAUGUAAAAAAACAACUAAAACAGAAGAACGUUCAUAUAAAUAUUUCAGACCAGUAAGGAUGAUUCUAGCCAGUUGACAUAUGUUUUCAUCUAUUUUCAUUUAACACCCAGUUAUUGAUUUGCGUUUGAUGCAGCUUAGAAUUGCCAAGAAAAAGGCUUUAGUUAUUUUUGAUCUUAUUGAUUUAACAUUUGAUCUUUCAUCAACACCAACCAUAAGUAACAUCGUGGCCUGAAAAUCUUUUUUGAAGAUAAUUUUGUUACCAUGGUUUCAUGAAACAGUUGUUUUUAUUUUUAUUGUAUUUAAAAGUGUUAAUUUUGUUACCAUGUUUUCAUGAAACAGUUGUUUUUAUUUUUAUUGUAUUUAAAAGUGUUAAAUAUUGUGGAUGUCAUAAUAAUAAAAAUAAACUCUAUCAAUGGUA